AUGAACUGCAGCGAUGCGCGGCGGCUGCAGGCGCUGCUGGGCGCAGUGCUGCGGGAGCUGCGCCGCGGUGCCAACGCCAGCGCGGCCGCCGCCGAGCCCGGGGUUGGGGGCGACGCCUCGCUGUACAUCCUGCUCAUCAUGAUCUUCUACGGCUGCCUGGCCGGGGGGCUCAUCCUGGCCUACACCCGCUCGCGGAAGCUGGAGUCCAAGCACGACCCCUACCACCUCUACAUCGAGCGCGACUGGGGCCGCGGCGGCCCGGGCCAGACGGCCGAGGAGGGCGGCCCGGCCGAGGAGCAGCGGCCGCUGUGA